AGAAAAAUGUCAAAAGAAAUACAAGUAUUAGAAAUAAAUAAGUAUAUUUUAUCAAAAUUGUGGUAUACGUCUCUUAUUAUUUGUCGAGAAAAUAAUAAUAAAAUCUUUAUUUCAAAAUGUAAUAAUGAUAGUGUAGAUUUUGUUGAAUCAGAAGCUCUAAUUACAAAUUUAAUUCAUUCUCAAAAUGAAAAUGAAUAUCAAUGGAUAAUUUAUAUAUUAUUGAAUAAAUUUAUUAAUAAUACAACUUUAAAUAUUGAAGAUAUAAAAAAACAAAAAUGUUAUAUUCAAAUGAUAUAUGCUUUGCAAUUAUACAAAAAUUUGACAAUAAAUUUACAACAGGAAUUAUUAACAGUAUACAAAAAUAGUUUGCAACAGAGAAAUCCAGAAAUUUUUGGGAAAAUACAAGAUGAAUAUUUUAUAUUUUUGAAACAAAAUAUUUAUGAUAAUCCUUUUGUUACAUGUUGGAUUCUUAAUGAAUUUUUAUUAACUUAUUCUUUAUAUAAUAAAUCAACUGAUAUUGUUUGUAGUUUACAGAAUUUUUAUUUUUCAUUGAUAAAAGAUUUAUUGGAGUUUAAAUUAUCUAAACAAUCAAUCAAUAAUAAUUAUUUUGGAUCUAUAUUAUGUAUUAUAUCAAAAAUGAAUAUUGUUGAAUUUGAUGAAUCUAUAUUAUUUGAAUGGCUUUUUCCUAUGAUAUUGAAAGCAAAAAAUAAUGAAGAUAUUGAAUAUGCUCUAUAUUCAAGAACAGAUCAAUAUUUUUUUAAAAAAUGGUGUAUCUUUCUGCAUGAAAUUUAUAUAGAUUCCAAAUUUAAUAACAAUUUAAAUCAUGCAUUGAAAAUUCAAAAAAUAUUGUUUAAUUUCACAUCUACUUCUGCUCCCACUAUAAAUAAAAAUAAACUAAUAGAAAGAAUAAGUAAUAUCAAAUUACAUUGGGUUACAGAUAUUUUGAAUAUAUGUUAUAUUUUAAUAAUAAAUAAAAAAUAUGAUGAUGUUUCACUUAUAUUAUCUUGUACAUUAUUAAAAGAUUUUUGGCCAGUUUUAUUAUUUAAAGUUUUGAAUAAAUAUUUACAAGAAGAAGUAUUUUCAAAUAAUAUUCAAAAAGAUGAUUUCAUAUAUGAUUCAAUUGAAUUUUUAAUAUCUAGAUGUAAUUUUGAUAUGUUAUGUAAUCCCAUAUUGAAUGAAGUCCAAAAAAUAUUGCGCAAAAAUAUAAGAAUUUUAAAAUACAUUUUAAAUUGCAUGAAAGAAAAUGUUAAAGCAGAAAACUUAAAUCAUAAUCAAGAAAUAAUAAAGCCAAUGGAUUUUCAAGAUAAAAUAUCUAUAAAAUGGAUAUUCGAUCUUUUACAACAAUUUGACACUCUUUUAGUAUUAAAAAUGACAACUAAUAUAUGGGAACAAAAUCAUGCAAAAAUAAAAAAUUUGUUAGAAGAUAUUUGUGAAUCUGAAAAUAUCUUCAAUGCAUAUUAUAUUAUAUUAAAUGCUUUAAAAGCUAUUUUAUUGUAUAAUAAUUAUGAUAUAAAUAAAUCUAUCAUAACAAGUUAUUUAUCUGAUAUGAGUUACUAUAUAAAAAUGUUAUAUCCACUUAAUCUACGUAUACAAGUGAUAGAGGAUAUAUUCUGUUUAUUUUUUUUACAAUAUGAAGAUUUUGAUCAUACUUCAAAAAGUUAUGAUAAAAUAUAUAUGAAUAAUUCUCAUGAAGAAUCAAAAUUUGAAAAUAAGUCGAUAAAACAACAAGGUUUUAUUUGUAACAGAUAUGCUAUAAAAGAUAUGCUAUUUCAUUUAAUAGAUAUUAUAUCAACAACAGAAAUUGAAUGUAUAGAAAUGAAGAAUAAAAAUGAAUGUAUAGAAGAAAUAGAACAAAUUCAAAAAAAUAUUGUUUUUAUUAAUAGUGCAAUAGCAGAUGCCAAGUGGAGAUUUGAACUUUAUACAACUUCAGAGUUCAUUAAAAAUAUUAAUAUGAAAGAUGGAAAUACAAAUUACCAAUUUAAAUCUAAAAAUAAAGUUUUAAUAAAUGAAAAUUUAAUUUCUAAUCGUUCCAAAGAAAACAUAUAUUUUUAUCAAGGAGAUAAUAUUUCGGAUGAAACAAGAACAAAAUCUACUAAUAGUUCUGAAUCAGAAUCAAUACAUAAUAGCAAAUGGCAAAUAUGUUCUAAAAAUAUAACAUUAACAGAUGCUAUAAAUGAAGAUAUCAUUCAUAAACCAUUAUUUAUAAAUUUUAUGUUGGCAACUAAAGAAAGCUUAAUUAUUCGAUGUUUAUGGAAAAAUGAUUAUAUAAAAGCAGAAAAUAUUAUAGAGACAAAUAAUAUGAAAAAUACUUAUCUAAAUGGAGAAGUGCAGUUUUCAAAAGCAUUACACACAUUUAGGGAAAACAUAUACAAACAGACAAAGGUAUUGAAAAAUAAAAAUAUGUCUCCAAAAAACUUACAAUCUUCCACAUUAGAGAAUAUAAGACUAGUUACACAAGAAAGUAUAAAAUCUUCUAGACAAACUAGUCAUGUUGAGACAUUUUUGGUCUCUCAAAAAAAUAAUUUACAAAUGUCAUGUAUGGAAAUUCUUAAUAACAAUGAAAUAUUAACAAUAUGUGCAUUAGAUUUGGCUUUAACUAUGAGUCAUAUUUAUCCAAUUUCAAAAAAUCUUUAUGAAAUUGCAAUGAAAUAUUUAAAAUUAUGUAAAACAUUUGACAAUACUGAAUAUGUAUAUUUCUUUCAUAAAGUUUUUCAAUUGUUAUAUGAAAAAAAAAACCAAAUUUCUGAAAAAGAUAUACUCUGUGAUGCAAAAAUUGCAUUAUGUAUAAAAGAAUAUAAAAAAAACAAAGACUUUUGGACUGAUAUUAUGAUUAAUCAUCAGGAAUUUAAAGAAUCACAAGCAAAUAAAAAUACAAUUAAUAGAAUAUUAAAAGAUGGUAAUUAUUUACCUGGUUUAAAAAUACUUAGUAAAAUAGUAACAUUUUUCUUUGGAUCUAAGAAAUAUAUACAAAAUAUAUGCUCUCAUUUACAACUUUUACAUUCAAUUAUUCCAAUUGAACAUACAAUAUUUACUGUUUCUGAUUUAUUAAAAAUUCCUUUACAUUAUUAUUUUGGUUAUCAAAUAUUUGAACUUAAAAUUGAACCGCAAAAACUUGAAACAAUUGCACAUGAUUUACAAAUUAAUUUAGGAUAUAGUAUUCUUACAAAUGCUUGUCCUAGACUUUCUUUUGAAGAAGAUACAAAUUAUAUUAUUACUAAUAAAAAAAAUGGAUGUAUUAUAUUAAAUGAAGUUUUAUAUAAAUCAGAUUUAAACUAUAAGUUUCAAGGACCAAAUCAAUGUGUUUCACAAAUAUUAAUUGAGCUCUUGCAAGUUUUACAUAAUUUUAAUUUGAAUCAAUUCUAUUUAAGUCAAGAUAUUUGCAAAACUAUUUCAAAAAAUUCUGAUAUUCAAACUAUAUUAAAUAAAACAUCUCAUCUUGCAAGUUUAGAUUUGAGUGAAUUAUCUAUGGGUGAUGAAACAUUAACAUUUUUUUUAAAUACAUGGAAUUUGAUGUUUCUGCAUGCUAUUUUAACUGUGUGGGCAAACCAUCCUCCUUUUAAUAAUUUACAACAUACAGUAUCAUUAAUGUCAAUUGGUUAUUUAAUUGGCGAUCUGGGUUUAGUAACACUUGCUGCACUUAGAUCAAAAUUGCUAAAUAAUAUAAUAUUGAAUGAUGAAUUCUUUAUGCAAGUAGAAGAACUUAAUGAAUCAGCAUGGCAAGAUUUGGAUAUCACCCAUGAUUCAAGAGUUAUUUUUGUAAUGGCUAAUGAAUUUUUUGGAACUCCAUGUAUUAGGAUCUGUAAAACAGAAUCAUUGAAUGAAGAUUUAAGUAAUGCUUUUCAUGAAUAUUUAAAUCAUUAUUCAUGUUAUAAAUCCACUCAAAAUAUAGAAAAGCAAAAAAUAAUAUUAUUACCAGAAAUUGUAGAACGAUAUCAAACUUCCAUUUCUCAAAAUACAAAAAAUGAUUUACAAAGUAACAAUAGUAAUAGUGAAAAUUUAUUUUCAAUAAAUAAUUAUUUUAAAUCCUCUGAUGAAAACAUAAUUAUACAAUACAUACCAUUUUCCUAUUCAUAUAAUAUAAUAUUAAAAUAUUCAACUUAUAUUAAUCCACAUCAUAAACAAAUUAAUCAAUACAAAAGUACUUGGGGAAAUCAUAGUAUACGAUCAAGUUUAUUACAAUAUUUGGAAAAACAAUGUUGGAUUGUUUCUUAUCUUUUGCAAAGAAUAAAUAAUGAAAAUCCUACUAUAUUGGAAAAUAGCUGUGAUAAUUUAAAACGCACUGCGUGUCUUGAAAAUCUCAUAACCGCAUUUUGGAUUAAGGAAUUAAAAUUAAUAUUUGAGAAUAAUCAAACUCUUACAGCAAUUUAUGAAAAGAUAUCAGCACAAAAAUUAUGGUUUCAUCUUGAACAAAUGUUAAAAGAGAAUAAAUGGAAUGCCUGUUUAAAAUUUAUAAAUGCUUUGCCAACUUAUAUUGCUUUAAAUAGUGAAUUGCAAUAUUUUAGAGAUAAAAUUCUUAGUUAUAUUAUUUCGGAAAAAAAUGCUAUACCAAAUGCAAAAAUAUUGCAAUAUUUAUACCAAAUCAAAGAUGUGUAUAUAUUAAGUCAAACAGUUUUAUAUAAUGUUAAUAAAUGGCAUAUAAAUAUUUGUGAAAAUGCAUUGCUUCAUAUAAUAAAUCAUAUAGAUAAUUACAAAUUACCUGUACAUUGUAAAUUUCAAUUAAAUGAACUCUUGCAUAGAGUGUUAAUUUUUCAUAAAAUGCUUCCAUAUUGUAUAAUUAAACCCAAUGAAACUUGGUAUAACAUUGCUUAUUGUACAGAAAAAAUUGAUACAUUACAAAUAAUCAAAUCACUAAUCAAUGCAGAUAAAUAUGAAUUAUGUUUAGAAUGGAUGGAAUGUCAAGCAUUUUCAUUAGAAAUACAUCCUUCUGUGACUCAAGAAUUCUUAAUUGGUCUUUUAAAAAGCGAAUCUCAAAAUUUUAAACAAACUUUAAAGUUUUUUCAGGCAUUACCUUUGGAUCAAUCUAUUAAACUUUGCAAAAAUGUAUUAAAAAAAUUAGAAUCUAUUGACUCAUUGAAAUUUAUAUGUAAUUAUUUACUAAAAUAUUGUAAAGCAAUAGAAACCAUAAAAUAUAGAAGAACUUUACUAGGAAUUGAUAUUUUAAGUAUGCUAAAUGUUCAAGAGAGACCAUUGUACAUUCAUCUCAUAAAAGAACCAUUAUUAAUAUUAGAACAGUUGUUAAUGAAUUGUAAAUUUGAAAGUAUUCAAAAAAUAUUACAUAAAAUUCAAGACAAAUUAAAUGAAGCAGAAAUUUCAAGAAGUAGCUUUGACAAAAUUAUAAGAUUUUAUGCUCAAAAAUCAUUGGAUUGUCGUGUAUCUUUACAGUAUGAUUCUGUAGAAAACAAAUCGAAAAAUAUGCAAUAUUUUGCUUCAGAGACAGAAAAUGCUGAGUUUAUUAUGCCUAUAGUAGUUCCUACUAAAGAAGAAUGGAUACCUAAUGAUAAAGCCAGAAAAUGUAGCUGUUGUAAAAAUGUUAUAUUUUCAAUGUUUAAUAGACGACAUCAUUGUCGUAGAUGUGGUCGUGUUAUUUGCGCAAUAUGUUCUCAACAUCGCAUGCAAGUAUCUGGUUAUCCACCUUCUGUACUUGUACGCGUAUGCAAUGAUUGUAAACGGCAAACUAUAUUACAAAUGCACUCUUUUCAAGGAACACAAUCAACUCCAAGUAGUGAAAUAUUUGAUUAUUGGCGAUUAACAAGAGAUCAAAAACAUAAUGAAACUAUUAGAGAAGAAUUUUCAUUUGAAUAUGCUCCAAAUGUUUCUUUAUGUUUAGCUAUUCUUAACUUACAUUCUGAACAUAAAACAUAUACGAGUUUUUUAUUAGAUUGUUGCGAUGAAAUGAAACGUCUUCUAGAACCUGUUAGUAGUGGAAAAGUGAAUCCUGAAGUUGAUCACAUUGUAAUUAUUAAAAUGAUACAUUCUCUAUUAGUAGCUGCAAAAGUUAAAUGUGCUAAGCUUGGUCUUAAUACUGGAUUAACUCACUGCGAUCGUUUUCUAUCUCAAGUAGAUCUUAUUGCAAGUCUCAUUCAAUUUGAUUGUUUACAUUUGAUUCCUUCUGAUAAUUUACAUGAUCGGACAUUAAUAAAAUUAAGAGAUCUUUUAAUUGAAAAAGAACAAUGGACUCUUGCUUUAGAUGUAAGCACUAAAGCAGGUACAUACAGAUUAGAUACACAAGGAGUUUGGGCAACAUGGGGUAAAGCCUGUUUAAAAAUGGGAUAUUUCCAUCAAGCACGAGAUAAAUUUUUCCAUUGUCUUGAUAAAAUUCAAUAUGAUAAUUUUGAUGACUGGAUAAUUUUGUCUUAUCCAAAAGAAUCAAAAAUAUCAAAUAAAAAUGAAACUCAAAAUCUAAAAAAAAAUGAAGAAAUUAAAAUGGUUGAAUCAAGUUCAAAGAAAACAGAAUUUUCAAAAAAUCGUCCAUUAAAAGAUCCACCAUUACUUGUAGAAAUUUUACAAAUAUUAGAUAAUUUAAGUAUUUAUAAAUAUGUACAAUAUCCUCAUCAAUAUAAGUUCAAUCCUUCUCAAGAAAUAUUAAAUAGUUUUGGCAAUUUUAAAAUUGUCAAUCAAAAACAAUCCAAUAAUAAAAAUACAUCUAUAAUGAUACAAAAUAUUUACUAUCAUGAAAGCAUUUAUUAUUUAUUAACUUAUGGAAGUUAUAAUUCAAUUUUAGAAUUUUUUUUGAAGCAUGAGGAAUUCGAAAAAUGUCUUACUUUUACUUUGGAAAAUAAUUUAGAACCAGAUUUAUUUUUCAAUGUAAUUUAUUUAUAUUGUUUAAGAAAUGGAAGUAUUGAAAAGCUUCAUGAAGCAAUGAUGAAAAAAGAUUCGAAUUUACUAAUUUGGAAAAAAUAUUUAAUAUAUGUUUGUCAUAGUUUAGAAAAAAGACAAUAUUUAAAUAUUUUAUAUCAUUUGCAACUUUUCAUGAAAGAUUUUAUACGCGCUGCUAUGACGUGUAUUCGUUUUUAUCUUCAUGAAGUAAUUAAUUACUCGGAUUUAAAUGCUAAAGUAAAUUUUUUGUUUGAUGCUCAAAAACAUUUAGAAUCUGAGUUGCAAAUUGAAACUUUAAAUAGAAAAAGAAAAAAAAGUACGAGUUCAAUACAUAGUAAUCAAGGAAUUCUAACAAUGGAAAUGGAACCAUUAGAAAUAGAUAAACAUAUAAAUACAAUUUGUAGACAAAUGGAAAUUACAAAAUUUUUAGCAAAUUGUGAAAAAGAAGAAAGAGCUCCUAUUCAAUAUUUGAAUUUAUUUCCAAAAAAAGAUUAUAAUAAUUCAACUAUUUCAGAAAUACCAACUUUAUUUGGUAAUCAACAGCAAAAAAUUAAUUUAGCUGUUUUAGCCAUUCUUUGCGGGCGAAAUAUCGAAGAAGGAUUCGGUAUAGCAUUUAGAAUAAUGCAAGAUUAUAAUUUACCACAACAAAAAGUGUAUUCUCUAACUGGAUAUAUUUUAGUAAUGAAAAAUAAUAUUUCUGCAAUAGAACAAUUAAUUAAAUGUUGUCAUACAUCUGGGAUUCCAAAUUCAUAUAUUAUAUCAGAUUAUGUAUUAACACAUUGUAUAAAAUUGUUACUAACUCAUGAUGAAACUGAAACAGUUCUUAAAAAUAAUAUUCAUAAUCUUAUUAGAUUAAUAACUGAUAUAGAACUUAAAAUAAAUGCAUAUAUUGAAUGUAAACAAUUAAAAGCAGCAUAUUUAUUAGCUGUCAAGCAUUCAAGAGUACAAGAUAUAAGAAAAAUUUUGAAAGAAUCUGAUAGACUUGGUCAAAAUGCUAUUAAAACAAUAUGUAUAAAAUGGCUUCAGCAAGAACCAAAAUUAUAACUUUAUUUUAUCAAAAUAAAAUAUUUAUAUGUAUCUAUUCUAUUAAAUAUUAAAAAA